CGUAUCCAAGUAUCCACAUCCGCAUCAUCCUACUCCAUCAGCGUUAGCAUCAGCGGCCGAGGGGCUGGCGUCCCUCAUAAUCAACGCGCUGCAGCGACGACGCCAUCGACAUCGACAGCGGCUCCGGCUUUGGCUUUGGCUCUGUGACUCUGGGGCCCGUCAUCGUUAGCAAUUUUUGCCAGGACAUUGCAACAGAAAACUGCUAAACGCGAAACAAGUUGCGGCGCUUUUUUCUGCUCCUCGGGUUCUCGCUGUCUCCCUGUCCUGGCCUGUCCUGAAUCGAACUGAGCCGUGCUGCCAGGAUCAGGCAGCAGCAGGCAGCAGACAGCAGGCAAGGCACAUCAGUAGGCAGUGCAAGGCAGGCAGGCAGGCAGUCGGCAGGCAGGUCGCCACUUCUCGCAGACUUCUUCGCAUCUGCAUAAAUCAAACCCAGAGGCAGUAGCAGAAGCAGUUAGCCACCCCAAGAAAAAACUCUACAACAGAAAAAUACCCAAAACAAAAAAAAGCAAACAAACAAACAACAAAUAGAAAUAGAAAAGACAGACAUCGAAGCAGAGAAACGAUAGGAGAACGAAAAAAGUGCCAAGUGAAUGUGAAAGUGAAAGUGUGUGCAAAAUGACUUGAAGUGCAAGACUAGACACCUAUGUACGUACCACCUACACCACCCAGCCUGGCCCACACUACGUAUACGCAAUGCGGCCCAGGCGCUCAUACGCCCCGUUGGCCCGCCAGCCCUUCGAACUGAGACUCGGGCUGGGGCUCGAACAGCCAUCGCUGGCCAUGCCGUCUUGAGUGCAUUAAAUCACCCGCCAAAAACCCAAAAACAAAAGCAACCGGCUUGCGCCAAAGACAAUGUAAGCGCCGGCACUAGAAUGUAGAGCAGUUUUUUCUUCAUUUCCCAAAACUAACUAACAAAACCAGCCAGCCAACAACAAAUAACAAAAUAGACAAAGUUACAUUUUUACCAAUAUCGAUAAUAUUAAUCACUUGAUAAUCAGCGCCAGUCAAACGCAACAUUUCGUUCGUAAACAACAACUACAACUAGCCACAACAAAGCAAGUCAAAGCCAAGAAGCAACCAAAUAAGCAGGCAAUACCAGUCAGUCCGUAACGUCAGCAGAAAUAAGAAAACCAAAAUAAAUAAGUAAAACGAUUGAGUAACUCCAGUUUCAGUUCCGCACCGAUUCCGAUUUGAGCCAAAAUUCAAGCGUCUGAAUUUGAUUUCGAUAUCGUCUGGCCCGUUCCGUCUUCAAGUCUCGGCCAAAGGUUCGUCAUCGUCCCGACACACUCUCAGUUUCUACAAAUUCAGACGUAGAUCCUUAGUUAAUUCACCUUUUGUAUUGUGCAUUUCGGCAAGCAAGUAUUUUGGAAACGAUCCCCAGGGAAGUCAAAAAAAAGAAGAAGGAGAAGAAGAGCAGAAGUCAACACUCGAAAUCGAAAACUACGAAAUUACCUGAAAAUUUUUAAACAACCAAAAAGUCUAUGAAUGCAACAAAAAUUACACGCUAAAUUUUACAAGUGCAAAAUUUUCUUAUAAUAAUUUAUCAAAAAAAUACAAAUAAAUUUAACAAAAAAAAUUAAAAAGAAGCAUACAAAAAAAAAACGGAACUUAGUGAGAAAAUUAAUCAAAGUUUAGAGAGAACAUUAAAUGCAAACGGAAUAUCAAAAAUUGUUGUGAUGUGAUAUUUUUUCGAUGUACUUUUAUUUGAGGGUUACACCAUAUCGAGAAGUUAUCCAAUGAGAAAGCCGCUUAAAUUUUGGAGGAUCUAUGAUGGACGACAGAGAAAAAUAACGCUUUGUUUGUGAAAGAUUUUUUGAGCGCAAGCAAGGAUUAUUAAAACGAAAACCAAGCCAAACCAACUAAAUACCCAAAACGACAAAAAUCGACAAAAAAACGACGAAAACGAAAAAUCCCAAAAUUCAUUCGCAAGUUUUUCGGGCCAAGCAUCGAAAACACACUUUUGAGAUUCAAAAAAUCAAAGCGAAAGAAACAAAAACAAACUGGAAAGGAGCCAAAAAGGACUGGAGAAGGAGAACGGGUGUAAAACGAAGGGAAAUACAAAUCAAAUUUAAAUAAAAUUAAAUGCAAAGGACAUUCGCAUGUGUGUGGUGGUGGAAAGAAAAUUCAAAACAAAAUUCACAAUUAGAAAACGCAGGAAAAAACGUAGAAAACGCAGACACAAAAUCAAGAGUGCCAGCAGCAACAGCAGCAACCAACUGUCAACAGCGGGAAGAAUUUUGAACUGGAACAUUUCGACCAAAAAGUUGGGCGACAGCAAAAUUUCAACGUUUGGCGCACUACAACACAGCAGCAAACAGCAGCAAGGACAUCGCGGCCAGGCAGCCAGGAUUGCAGGAGCGAGCGGUUUUGAAAGCGCAGCACACAUCGACAAACCCUUCUCACACGGACUAGUACUCACAAUCGGACCAGGAUACCUUUUGGCUUAGAAAGCGGCCCAAGGAAAAGCCGCAGCCAGCAACUUAAGCCCGAAAUCACGCAUACGCCGCGGCGAACUCUCGCUCUCUUUGCCGGAACGAAGGGGUAUAGCCAGAGAAAAAGCAGCCAAUCCGAGGAAGCGGUUUGGCCGAGGGGCAAGGCAGAGAAAGCAGCGAAAGCAGGAGCGAAAUCAUCGAGAGCUGAGAAGCGCGAGGCGAGAGAGCUGCUGCUGCUGGUGGGCAUCAUCUUAUGAUGUCAUCAGAGGAGUACGAGGCGGACUGUUUUGGUUUGUACAGCGAUGAGAACAACGUGCUGCUGAAGGCAAACGAGCCGGAGACAACGACCACCAAGCAGCAACAUCAGCCACAGUUACAGCAGCAACAGCAGCAGCACCAUCAGCAACACCAGCAACCACCGCCGAGCAGCAACGGUCACACGUCACCAAUACCCUUACAAGUCAACGGCGACGGCAGCGCGGCGAAUUGCGGCGAGAGCGGCAAGACUAAUACCAAUACAGGCAGCCACAGUCACAGCAACAGCGGCAACACCAACACAGACGCAGACAAGGAGCAAGAGCGAGAGAAGGCGAAGGAGAAAGCGAACGAAGAGGAGGCCGAGUCCGACGAUUCCGACGACGACGUCGUGGUUGUACUCGAAGGCUGCGAAGGCAACGCCAGCAGCAGCAGCAGCAACAGCAACGCCAGCAGCAACAACCAUAAGGCAGCGGCCACGACGACGACGGCGACGACGGCGAACCAUUGUAAUCGCAGUGGCGGCAGCAGUCGCAGUCAUCGCAGCGCCCGCAGUAGUCGGCAAAUCAGUCAGUCAACGGCCGUCGGCAAGACAACAACGUGCGCGGCUAAAAAACCAACAGCAGCACAGGCGCCCACGACAACAGCCAAGAACUCGAACGUUAGCGUGAACGUGAAUUCAAACGGUAGCGGAAACGGAAACGCGAACAGUAAAGUGAAUCGUCGUUCGCGUCAAAGAUCCUUGAGCAAAGACAUUAACAAUCAGCCAGCGAGCAGUAAUAGCAAUAGCAACAGUAGUAACAACAGCAGCAACAGCAACGGCGGAGCAACGGCAACCGCUGCUGGCUUCAUGAGUAGCGCUGCCGCGGCUGCUGCGGGUGCCGCUGGUGGAGGAGCCCUGUUCCAACCACAAUCGGUCAGCACGGCCAAUAGCAGUAGUAGUAACAAUAACAAUUCGAGCACACCGGCUGCUCUUGCCACCCACUCGCCCACGAGCAACUCACCAGUUUCGGGCGCCAGUUCGGCAUCGUCCUUGUUGACGGCCGCCUUUGGCAACCUGUUUGGUGGCUCCUCGGCCAAGAUGCUGAACGAGCUGUUUGGCCGCCAGAUGAAGCAGGCCCAGGACGCAACGAGUGGCCUGCCCCAGAGUUUGGACAACGCCAUGCUGGCCGCCGCCAUGGAGACGGCCACCAGUGCCGAACUGUUGAUCGGCAGCCUCAAUUCCACGUCCAAGUUGCUACAGCAGCAGCACAACAACAACAGCAUUGCUCCCGCCAACAAUACGCCCAUGAGCAAUGGCACAAAUGCAUCGAUCUCGCCGGGAUCGGCCCACAGUUCCAGUCACUCGCAUCAGGGUGUCUCGCCCAAGGGAAGUCGCAGGGUGUCGGCCUGCAGUGAUCGCUCCUUGGAGGCGGCAGCUGCUGAUGUUGCUGGUGGCUCGCCGCCACGAGCGGCAUCGGUGAGCUCGCUGAACGGUGGAGCCAGCAGUGGAGAGCAGCACCAGUCUCAGUUGCAACACGACCUGGUGGCCCAUCACAUGCUGCGCAAUAUACUGCAGGGCAAGAAGGAGCUGAUGCAACUGGAUCAGGAGCUGCGCACCGCCAUGCAGCAGCAGCAGCAACAGCAGCUGCAGGAGAAGGAGCAACUCCACUCCAAGCUCAACAAUAAUAAUAACAACAAUAUUGCUGCCACCGCCAACAACAAUAAUAACACCACCAUGGAGAGCAUCAAUCUGAUCGACGAUUCGGAAAUGGCUGACAUCAAGAUCAAGAGUGAGCCCCAGACGGCUCCGCAGCCACAGCAAUCGCCGCACGGAAGCAGCCACAGCAGCCGGAGUGGGAGCGGUAGUGGGAGCCACAGCAGCAUGGCCAGCGAUGGUAGUCUGCGACGCAAGUCCUCCGACUCCCUGGACAGCCACGGGGCACAGGACGAUGCGCAGGACGAGGAAGAUGCUGCGCCCAAUGGCCAGAGAUCCGAGAGCAGGGCUCCGGAGGAGCCACAGCUGCCCACCAAAAAGGAGUCCGUGGACGAUAUGCUUGACGAGGUGGAGCUCCUGGGUCUGCACUCCCGCGGAUCCGAUAUGGAGAGCCUGGCCUCGCCCAGUCACUCGGACAUGAUGCUGCUGGACAAGGACGAUGUCCUGGACGAGGACGACGACGAUGAUUGCGUUGAGCAGAAAACAUCCGGCAGCGGAUGUCUCAAGAAACCCGGCAUGGACUUGAAACGAGCUCGCGUCGAGAACAUCGUUUCGGGAAUGCGAUGCAGUCCAUCCUCCGGAUUAGCGCAGGCAGGACAACUGCAGGUAAAUGGCUGCAAGAAGCGCAAGCUCUACCAGCCCCAGCAACACGCCAUGGAGCGUUAUGUGGCCGCCGCAGCUGGUCUGAAUUUCGGCCUCAAUCUGCAGAGCAUGAUGCUCGACCAGGAGGACAGUGAGUCCAAUGAGCUGGAGUCCCCGCAAAUCCAACAGAAGCGUGUGGAGAAAAAUGCCCUCAAGUCCCAGCUGCGAUCCAUGCAGGAGCAGCUAGCGGAGAUGCAGCAAAAAUAUGUGCAGCUGUGCUCGCGCAUGGAGCAGGAAUCCGAGUGCCAGGAACUUGACCAGGACCAGGAUGUUGAACAAGAACAAGAGCCAGACAAUGGCAGCAGUGAUCACAUCGAGCUGUCGCCCUCGCCCACUUUGACCGGAGAUGGUGACGUUAGUCCGAACCACAAGGAGGAAACUGGACAGGAACGACCUGGUUCCAGCUCGCCCUCACCAUCGCCCCUAAAGCCCAAGACAUCGCUGGGCGAGAGCAGCGACUCGGGCGCCAACAUGCUGUCCCAGGUGAUGAGCAAGAUGAUGUCCGGCAAGCUGCACAAUCCACUAGUGGGUGUGGGUCAUCCCGCCCUACCCCAAGGAUUCCCUCCACUGCUGCAACACAUGGGCGACAUGUCGCACGCGGCCGCCAUGUACCAGCAGUUCUUCUUCGAGCAGGAGGCGCGCAUGGCCAAGGAAGCCGCCGAGCAGCAGCAGCAACAGCAGCAACAGCAACAACAGCAGCAGCAGCAACAGCAGCAGGAGCAACAGCGCCGCUUCGAGCAGGAGCAACAAGAGCAGCAGCGGCGCAAGGAGGAGCAGCAACAGCAGAUCCAGCGCCAGCAGCAGCACCUGCAACAGCUGCAGCAACAGCAGAUGGAGCAGCAACAUGUGGCCACUGCCGCCCCCAGGCCGCAGAUGCACCACCCAGCGCCCGCCCGCCUGCCCACACGAAUGGGCGGGGCUGCUGGCCACACGGCCCUCAAGUCCGAGUUGUCUGAAAAGUUCCAAAUGCUGCGCGCCAACAACAAUAGCUCAAUGAUGCGCAUGUCGGGCACAGACCUGGAGGGACUGGCCGAUGUGCUCAAGUCCGAGAUCACCACCUCGCUGUCCGCUCUGGUGGACACCAUUGUGACCCGCUUCGUCCACCAACGGCGGCUGUUCAGCAAGCAGGCGGACUCCGUGACCGCGGCUGCCGAGCAGCUGAACAAGGACCUGCUGCUGGCUUCGCAGAUCCUCGACCGGAAGUCACCGCGCACCAAGGUGGCGGACAGGCCCCAGAACGGACCCACGCCCGCAACACAAUCAGGUAAUAAUGGUUCACUACUCCUAGCUAAUAGUCAAAUGCCCUCCCAAACGCCCGCGAGCGGUUCGAGUGCGCAGCAGCAACAACAACAGAAUGCCCAGCAGCAGCAUCAGGGCUCGCAGCAGCAGCAGCAACAGAAUGUGGUGCAGCAGCAAAAUGUGGCGCAGCAGCAGCACAUGCAGCAGCAACAGCAGCAGUCGCACCCCUUGCUGCCGCCCAACUGCCAACAGUUGAUCUCCGCCCCUCGCCUAAAUGGCAGCCAGUUAUCCUUCGCUUCGCCCGCCGCUGCUGCAGCCGCUGCAAUGGGUCUGCAGAUGCACCAUGCCGCCGCAGCAGCAGCAAUGUCCGCCCAGCAGCAGCAGCAGCAGCAACAGUCGGGGGAUCCCGGCGCGAAUACUAACCCAAACAGCGGGCCAGCAAACCCCACUAACAGUAGCUUAAGUACCCUUAAUAUACCGCCACCUCACAUACGUCCUUCGCCCACAGCGGCUGCCAUGUUCCAGGCGCCCAAAACGCCACAGGGCAUGAAUCCGGUGGCCGCCGCCGCGCUCUACAACUCGAUGACCGGACCCUUCUGCCUGCCGCCCGAUCAGCAGCAGCAGCAACAGACCGCCCAGCAGCAACAGUCCGCCCAGCAGCAGCAGCAGAGCUCGCAGCAGACGCAGCAGCAGCUGGAGCAGAACGAGGCCCUCAGCCUAGUGGUGACACCAAAGAAGAAGCGUCAUAAGGUGACCGAUACGCGCAUCACGCCGCGCACCGUCAGCCGCAUCCUUGCCCAGGAUGGCGUGGUGCCGCCCACCGGAGGCCCGCCGUCAACACCCCAGCAGCAACAACAACAGCAGCAACAGCAACAGCAGCAGCAACAACAGCAACAGCAGCAGCAACAGGCGUCGAACGGCGGCAACAGCAAUGCCACGCCCGCCCAAAGUCCGACGAGGAGCAGCGGAGGAGCCGCAUACCACCCGCAACCGCCGCCACCACCACCACCCAUGAUGCCCGUGUCCUUGCCCACCUCUGUGGCCAUACCUAAUCCCUCGCUGCACGAGUCCAAGGUCUUCUCGCCGUACUCGCCGUUCUUCAAUCCGCACGCAGCCGCUGGCCAGCCAACGGCGGCCCAGCUCCAUCAGCACCACCAGCAGCACCACCCGCACCACCAGUCCAUGCAGCUGUCCUCGAGUCCGCCGGGCAGCUUGGGCGCUCUGAUGGACUCGCGCGACUCGCCGCCGCUGCCCCACCCGCCGUCGAUGCUCCAUCCCGCCCUGCUGGCCGCCGCACAUCACGGCGGAUCGCCGGACUACAAGACCUGCCUGCGGGCCGUCAUGGACGCCCAGGAUCGCCAGUCCGAGUGCAACUCGGCCGACAUGCAGUUCGAUGGCAUGGCUCCUACUAUAUCCUUUUACAAACAAAUGCAACUUAACACAGAACACCAGGAGUCGCUGAUGGCCAAACAUUGCGAAUCCUUGACUCCUUUGCACUCUUCUACAUUGACACCGAUGCACCUGCGCAAGGCCAAGCUGAUGUUCUUCUGGGUGCGCUAUCCCAGCUCCGCGGUGCUCAAGAUGUACUUCCCGGACAUCAAGUUCAACAAGAACAACACAGCACAAUUGGUGAAAUGGUUCUCGAACUUCCGAGAAUUCUACUACAUACAAAUGGAGAAAUAUGCACGACAAGCUGUCACCGAAGGCAUCAAGACACCCGAUGAUCUGUUGAUUGCUGGAGAUAGUGAAUUGUAUCGCGUGCUCAAUUUGCACUACAAUCGCAAUAACCACAUUGAGGUACCCCAGAAUUUCCGCUUCGUGGUCGAAUCGACUCUGCGGGAGUUCUUCCGUGCAAUACAGGGUGGCAAAGACACCGAGCAGUCGUGGAAGAAGUCCAUAUACAAGAUCAUCUCGCGCAUGGACGAUCCCGUGCCCGAGUACUUCAAGUCGCCCAAUUUUUUAGAGCAGCUGGAAUAAGUGGAGGAGUUGGCGCUGCCGACGCUGCCAUUGCCGCACCCACUGGGAAUGCCACCGCCCAUCAGUCCGGCCAGCACCUCCACCACCUGCAGCACCGCUACAACCACCAACUCCAGGCCCGGCAGCAGCCAUCCGAAGGCGAAACGCAGGCCAAAGCUAAAAGGCUAAACCUGCGCAGGAAACACGACUGGAUAUGACCAACUACCCAGCAAUAAAAUCGAGGAUAAACGAUUCGACAAACAGUAUCCACACACAGGGCAGAAACUUAGACAUAGCUGAGAGAUUUGCAAAAGCACACGAGUCGAAAACGCGUUUAGAAAACACACUGAGCAAAAUAUUUUUUCAAAAAUUUCCAAAAACUACACAACUUGACACACCCAUAUACAUACAAUUAAAACACACAUGAACCUCAGCGAAAGAGUGACAAGAAUAUGAAGCAUGUGGGCCACGGAUAUACAAAUCCAGUGGGCCGAUUGAGCAAAACCAAAACUUAACAUAGAGCAGCAAGUUUUAAUCUAAUAAUGUGAAAUAGUGCAAAUUGAAAGAAAACCUGAAGCCACACACCUGAGAACACCCACACACCGAGCGUAAUUUACAGGCAGUGUAAACUGUACUCGCCGUUGGUUUGUUAGUUGAAAUUUUUUUGAAAAUAUUUACAGCAGAUUACGUAUACGUAUGAAUAUUUAACAAAUAGUUGAGCCGUCUAAUGAUCUACCGAAAGUUGACACACAUUCCACAAGGAAAUACCUACACAAUAACCACACGCAUUCCACGCACACACAUACACACACGCUCGCAUCGGUACGAAGUGUGUGUUCAUUUGAGAGAGAGAGAGAGAAAAUCGCUCGGCCAAACAGGAAGUGGUUUCUAUCGCACUGCUUGGUCGACCGACUUUCCGGUAAGCAGUUUCCACCGCCCAGUUCCGCACUGCUUUACAAAAGCAGGCGCAGCUCUGACGGCCGGAAAUCGGGAAUUAAUCUUAAAAGUUUAAAAGUCACCCGAUCACUAAGGUUGCUACUUCCCUUUAUCCCCCAUUUAAGCGCUAAGCAUAUAUUCGAUGUCUAUUAAGCGAAACUAAAAGCAAAAA